AUGGCAGGAUGGCGCGGCAAAGCAGCUUCGGCAAUUUGCGCUUGCGGCUGCAAGGAUGUGGAGAUCACGGGGUCAUGUGGUGGCUGUUCUGCAAUUCCAGCAGCUGAAGGUGGCUGCAAGGCACUAGGAGACGACUGCAAGGCGUGGCAGCCACGAUUUCGUGCGGUUGCGUUGAGGUUUCCACCAUGA